GUAAACAGUUCUCUCUUCAUUAUAAACGAAAGAGUCAGGUGGGACGAAAAACGUUCGGCGUUCUCAUAUUCAAGGUCACUUCACAUUCGCUAUGCCAGGCCCCAUAACGGAUCUAAGAAAGGCGGCAGAAACACUGGCACGACUUCCAGUUGAGUUACAUACAGCUGUUCUGAAGACGUGCGUGAAUAUCUGCACAGACGACGAUCUCAAACAGAAAGCCGCUUCCUGCAACAUUCCUUACGAGAAUCUUCGAAAUGCGGUGGAUUCCGCUAACAGCAUACUCUUGAGCCUCAAGACACUCGGGGAAACAGCCGUUGACCAAAUAUUAAAUGAGCUGCCCAUAAAUACGGACCUACGGAGUACCAUCAAGAGCUGCCUAUAUUUAGAGAACUGGAAUUCUAAUCCCCUCGGAAAAAUCGUGGAUAUCAAGUGGAAGGUCAGCGUUAUUGCAAUGACAGACCAGUGCAAGAAUUUAAACACUCCUCUAGUCACAUUCAAACUGGUCGUAGAGCAAGACGGUGAACUGAAGGAUCAUGUCAUGGAAUUCACUGUUCCCGAAUUUGAGCAAUUUGCAUCGACCGUCGAACAGAUGGCAGCUGCUACCGAAAUUGCGUGAAAACCUACUGGAUGGCAGCUUCUCCUAGCAAGGCGAUAAUCCGGAACAACACCUCAGAUGAAGAAGGCAUCGGAUGUUAUAAAGGACCGUUUAUUCUUUGCGGUGUCAACAAUGCAAAAAAUAUAUAUAUACUAUACUCACAUGGAGCACAUGUAAAGCGUGCAUAAACGUUCCUGACAAUGUGCAAGGAUAUGAAACUGUACAGGUGACAAUAAAAUGCCCAAGCUAAAACUCUCAAAAUAAA